AUGUUCAAUAGUUAUAAUCGCCGCAAAAAGCACGAUACAGUUUUUCUAAAUGUAAAGCCCACUUUUAACGGCCAAGAUGGUGGACUGCGAAAGUAUUCCACUGGGUUACUCGAUAAUGAGGAUAAUCCAUAUUUGAAUGCCAACAUUAGUCGGGGUAGUCGAGCAUCGGUCGGAACUACAACUACAUUGAAUGAAAAUUUUCGACCAAAUGUUUUCUACAAUAACAUUGCGCCAAUACAAUGGUUUCUGCAUAUAAUUGGGGUCUUACCCAUUACAAGACGUGAAGCUGGCAAAGCUAAAUUUCUGCUAAAUUCAAUAGCUUUUGGAUAUUCGUUUGUGUUCUUCAUACUCCUGGCGAUAUAUGUCUCUUAUGUGGCUAAAAAUCGCAUUGGAAUAGUCUCAUCAUUGAGUGGACCCUUCGAGGAAGCUGUAAUUGCUUAUCUAUUUUUGGUAAAUAUUCUACCACUACUGCUGAUUCCAAUACUCUGGUGGGAGGCGCGUAAGAUCGCCAUACUGUGGAACGAUUGGGAUGACUUUGAGAUUUUAUACUAUCAAAUAUCGGGUCAUAGCUUACCAUUGAAUUUGUUUCGAAAAACUACAAUUAUUGCGAUAGUUUUGCCAGUAUUAUCUAUUAUAUCGGUUGUUAUAACUCACAUAACGAUGGCAGAUUUUCUAUUCGUGCAAGUAAUACCUUACUGCAUCUUAGACAACUUGACCGCCAUGUUGGGUGCUUGGUGGUUCAUUAUUUGUGAUUGUCUCAGUACGACAGCAAAUAUUCUAGGCGAGCGUUUUCAAAGGGCACUUCGUCACAUUGGCCCCGCCGCUAUGGUCGCCGAUUAUCGCGCAUUGUGGUUACGUCUGAGCAAAUUGACACGCGAUACCGGCAAUGCUACCUGCUACACCUUCACAUUCCUCAAUCUAUAUCUUUUCUUUGUUAUCACUCUGUCGGUUUAUGGUCUUAUGUCUCAACUUUCUGAAGGUUUCGGUAUUAAGGACAUCGGUUUGGCCAUUACCGCCAUUUGGAAUGUAUUCCUACUCUUCUAUAUUUGUGAUAAGGCUCAUUAUGCCUCCUUCAAUGUGCGUACGAAUUUUCAGAAGAAAUUACUAAUGGUCGAAUUGAAUUGGAUGAACUCAGAUGCACAAACGGAGAUCAAUAUGUUUAUACGCGCUACUGAAAUGAAUCCGUCGAAUAUCAAUUGUGGCGGAUUUUUCGAUGUGAAUCGAAAUCUUUUCAAAGGGUUGCUUACCACAAUGGUCACUUAUCUGGUUGUGUUGCUCCAGUUCCAGAUCAGUAUACCCAGUGACUCGGGUAAGCAUACGAAUGUUUCAAUAGCUGAGCUAGUAACUGACGCGUUUAUGGAAACUACCGAAGCAACUAGCACGACACCCUUAACAACAACUACAACGACUAAGGCACCACCACCCGCACGAGGUAGGAAGGGAUAAGGAUAAGAAUAAGGAAGAAAAGUGUU